AUGGAAGGGGAUCCGACACAAAACCCCUUCGCGCAGUCCUCGAAGGAGAGAGAUGACGGGACGCUUGAUGAUCUAUGCGGCAAGCUUCAACAACUUCGUCAUGGUCAUUCACUACCUCCACUACCUCCUGAGCUUUUACUGUGUGUUUUUGACUAUUUUCGACUUCCAGUCCAAGACGUAACCUCUACAAUACCCCCGCCCGAGUUCCUAGUAAACCGUAAAACCCUUUAUAAUCUCUGUCUUACCUCCAGCGUCCUCAACGACCUCGCAAAGCCGCUCCUUUAUCAGACAGUCAUCUUUUUUCUCGAGUCCCGAGACUCUGAGGAUCAUCAAAGCGCCAUCGCCUAUGGGGGCCUAAGGAGUUUAAUACUCUUAGUCCGAACUCUGUUUUGGAAGGACGAAUACUGUGAAUAUGUCAAAAAUAUAAUUUGCCCGGCGAGUUUGAAGCCUCGUGACUGGGAUAGCGAACUUGAGAUAAUUCGCGACGAAUGCCGGUGA